AUGAAGCUGGUGACGUAUAUCGUGACCGUGUGGUGUGGUUUGUGGUUAACCGUGGACGGCGACACCGGCCACUCAGAGCGGCCCAACAUUGUAAUCAUUGUUGCUGACGAUUUGGGUUGGAAUGACGUCAGCUUCCACGGAUCCAAUCAAAUACCGACCCCGAACAUCGACGCCCUGGCGUACGACGGUAUCAUCCUGAACCGCCACUACGUACCGCCGCUUUGCACACCGUCGCGGGCCUCGCUCAUGACCGGCCGACAUCCGAUGAACAUCGGCAUGCAGGACCACGUCAUUAUCUCCGACGAACCGUGGGGACUCGGGCUGGACCAGAAGCUGAUGCCGCAGUACUUCCGCGAGGCCGGCUACCGGACGCAUCUGGUCGGCAAGUGGCACCUUGGGUUUUUCCGGCGUGCGUACACCCCGACCUUCCGGGGCUUCGAUUCGCACUUCGGGUACCUUGGACCGUACAUCGACUACUGGGACCACAGUCUGCAGAUGAACGAGACAUCGGCCCGGGGUUUGGACAUGCGGCGCAACAUCGACGUCAACUACAGCGCGAAAGGCACUUACGCGACGGAUCUGUUCAACGACGAGGCGGUGCGACUCGUCCAAGCACACGACAGGCAGCAACCGCUGUUCCUCGUACUGACCCAUCUGGCACCACACACCGGCAACGAGGACGAUCCGAUGCAGGCCCCGCCGGACGAGAUUGAGAAAUUCAACCAUAUCAAAGAUCCAAACCGAAGGAUAUUGGCAGCUAUGAUUUCGAGAAUUGAUGCGGGUGUUGGUAAAAUCUACCGCGCCUUGGAGCAACGCCGUAUGCUGGAGAACACCAUCAUUCUCUUCUACGCCGACAACGGUGCUCCGACGGUUGGAAUCCACGCAAAUUCUGGCUCUAAUUAUCCGCUCCGUGGCCAAAAAUACUCACCAUGGGAAGGUGCAGUACGUGGAGCCGCCCUCAUUUGGAGUCCCCUACUUCCACGCAAAGGAGUCGUCUCGGAACAGUGGAUUCACGUGAGCGACUGGCUGCCGACGCUGGGAUUCGCCGCCGGAAUCACCAACGGCAUCCCCCAGGGCAGUGCUAUCGAUGGUCAGAACCAAUGGAACACGCUGCUAUCGAGUUCCGCGAGUGGACGUACCGUGGUGAUGAACAAUGCAGACGAAAAGUUUUCUUACAGCAGCUACAUGAAGAACGGCUGGAAGUAUGUGAACGGGUCAACCUUCAAGGGCGUCUUCGAUGGUUGGUUGGGGCUUCUGAGCGACAACGAUGAUUUAUCUGCCGAGGAUUACUACACCUGGCUGACUGCUCCAGGAACUAUCGGGGAGUUGAUCGGAUUGUCGCGUGAUCGCGUGGAGAAGCUCCGAAGCUCAGCCAUUCUGACCUGUCCAAACGUUCUUCAGGAAACAGUUUGCAAACCGCUCGAAAACCCCUGCCUUUUCAAUCUCCUGAAGGAUCCGUGUGAGCAGCAAAAUUUGGCGAGUGCACAUCCGGACAUUCUGGCAGACUUGCAAACCGAUGUUCUGCACUAUCGACGAAGCAGUGCGCGUCCUCGGAAUCAGCCUCACGAUGGUAGGGCGGAUCCUGCCUUAUACAACUUUACCUGGACCUGGUGGCUGGAUGAGGUGGAUUCGCAACUAUCUUCACACUAUUUCGUUUUCAUUGUGGCAACAAUUGAGAUCGUACUAAUUGUGACAGUUUUAAUCCUUUUCAAACGAGUUUAUACACCUCCUAGAAGAGAUUCCUAUUCGAUUGAGGAAAAACUUAACAAUAUUAAAGAUACAAAAUAG